AUGGCCCUUGCCGACUUUGCCGAGUUUAAGGCGCCUCCACGAUUUCUUGAACUAAGUUCUUCUCCACAGGUUUCAUUUCCAUCUGUACAUAAUUCCGAGCUGUCACUGUGCACAGCCCCAAUUCUCAAGGUACAAAUCCGUUAUUGCACUAUGCUGUCCAGGGCCACAUUGAAAAGAUCGACAAUGGUGUCUCUUGCAAGGACCACAAAAUUAAGUUCGUUCAUGGAACCACAACCCUUGCCUUUAAAUACAAAGAUGGCAUAGUGGUCUCCGUUGAUUCUCGUGCCUCUGCCGGAAGCUAUAUCUGCAUGUUUCGUUUUAACUUAUUGCCCAUUAGCCACUCCUGA